AUGCGCUCCUUCGUCCUCUUUGCCGCCUUGCCACUCCUGGCCUCUGCCUGGACUGAGCACAAACUCCUCACCCGUGCGACUGGAAACGCGACCGCUUGCGAAACAGGCGACAAAGUGUGCGGCGCAUUCUGCAUACCUGGCACUUACACUUGCUGCCCUGAUCUGGAGGGAGGAUGCCAAACGUCCAAGUCCGUGUGCCAGGAGGGAGACAAUGGUGUCUAUGGGUGCUGCCCAAUCGGUGAAAUAUGCACAGGCAACGGAGGUGCAGAGUUCUUGGACGACUCCUCGGACGACGACUCGGGCAACGACGAUAACGAUACAUCCACCGGAGGCUCCUCGGGUGAUAUAGAAUCGGCAUCUGCUUCUAACGACGCGCGACCUGUUGUCCUCAGCCAGGGUUUGAUGGCUGCGGUUGUCGCGGCUGGUAUUGUCGGCCUGUUAUAA